UAACUCAGAGGGGGGAUCUUCCGAGAGAAGUAAUAUAAGCACGUCCCAGACUACCAGUCAGCUCUUAUAUUGGUAUCCACAGAAUGGGAAUGCCAGUUCCAAACAAUGUUCAUCUCACUAUGCGUAGUACCUAGUAGGUAUAGCAGCUAUUCUCUGCUCUCCGUAUGUUUUCAUCUGUGAUGCCAUGCUACGUUACAUCUCGCACGCGACGCUUUCUCCUGCCAGUUCGAACCGAGACGUCGCGCGUUAUAGACGCUUUUUGGAAACACGGGCGUUUUCCUCCCACUUCUCGGGGGUGGGUUUGUGCUCCUGGCUGCCUAUACUGAUAGUGAUCAUGGUGGAUGUGUGAGUGUUUAGUGGGGGGAAAAAAGCUUGAGGUGCUGCGUUCGGAUGCAACAUGCAGUUAAUGAUGCUGUGCCAGAAGGAUUAUGAAUGCAGUGCAUCCAAUAUCCAGAGGUAUAAAUAAGCAAUGUAAACACAGUCGGAGGAACAUAAAUUGGCGCAAGGAGUGUGCGAAAAAAAAAAAACGGAAAAUGAAUGCGAUGCCGGUUCCACCGUCGGGGUUGUUGAUGAUGGUUUUAGUGGAUGCUGGCAUAAAUCUCGAGACUCAAUUUGCUGCGAGCAAGACGACAGUGGCGUGAGUUAUAGUGCAAUAAUAGUGCCCGUAGUAUAGUGUUGACCGAAGAGCAUAGAGUGGGAUCAGAAAAUUUCCCAUUAAACGACCUUGAAUCGGUGGCAAUCAAAUAGCGGGAGGCUGGAAUUGGCAACAAAUCAGAAAACCAAAAGAAGAAACAGUGACGUUGGUAGAUGAGUUUUUUUUUUUUGUUCAAGAAAAAUAGUGUAGUUGUGUGGUGAAAAGUGGCUAACAGAGCAGUAGUGAAACAACAAUGGCCGUUCAUAUUAUGGACGAGGAUCAUUUCGCAAUCAGCGCAAUCGUGACGGUGGCCAUGCAGAUAAUAUUCUUCCUGAUCGCUGCCAUCUUCCAGUUGGAUAAGCUUACGGAUUUUGCGGGUGGAGUUAACUUUAUCAUCAUUGCCUUGUUGACCUUUUUCUUGGGUCAAAUCGAUAGAACAUUAAAGCCUUACGAUAGUCGACAGCUGAUGGUGACGGUGUUUGUUUGCUUAUGGGGUGCGAGAUUGUCCGGAUAUCUGCUCUAUCGAAUUGUGAAAAUCGGACGCGACAAACAGUUCGAGGACAACCGGAGGAAUGUUAUUCGAUUCGCCGUGUUCUGGACGUUUCAGGCCGUCUGGGUGUUUGUCGUGUCGCUGCCGGUGAUCAUAAUCAACUCUCCUCGGCAUUCAAUCCCACGGGCACCGAAAACCAUGACGACGCUGGACUCUGCCGGAACCGGGAUGUUCAUUACGGGCCUACUAGCGGAAACGUACGCUGAUCUACAGAAGUUUUCCUUCCGACAAGAUCCGAUCAAUCAGGGAAAAUUUUGCAAUGACGGACUGUGGCGAAUGUCGAGGCAUCCCAACUAUUUCGGUGAGAUUGUUAUUUGGUGGGGAAUCUUCGUCAUCUCGCUGAACGUUAUCGAUGGCAUCGAGUGGGUGGCAAUUAUGUCGCCAAUAUUCACGACCCUCAUCAUCCUGUUCCUGUCGGGGAUCCCGGUGCGAGAACGAUCGGCGGACGAAAAGUACCGAGAUGAUUUAGAGUAUCGAAAGUACAAAGCGUGCACCUCUCCGCUGAUUCCCAUCCCACCGGCUAUCUAUUCAGAGGUUCCACGGGCUCUAAAGUUCAUCUUGUGCUGUGAGUUUCCCCUGUACGACUCGCUGGACAAGCGGCGUAAGGAGGAAGGCCCAUUUGCCAUGACUACCUCCAUAUCAGUGGCUCACUCGCAUUCGACUCACACAUAGCAAUCGGGAAGCGGACAUCAGCAUCCCCCAAAUUAUCCUAUGUCGUCCUCGUCGUCGUACCAUUACCACCACCAGCAGCCGCAGCAGCAGCAGCAGCAGCAGCUGCAGUAUGGUCACCAUGGUGGCCCGCAAGGUGCAGGUGGCUGCUCCUCGAAAGAACGAAACUCCAUCGGCCAGGCGGCUAGUUAUUCGUCCAGCCAUCGAAGCGGUAGCGAACGGCGAGGGGAAAAGUCGCUUCACGGUAGUAGCCACGACUUUGAGGACAUCGUUCCGGAACGGAUUACCUGCAUUACCAGUGGCGAUGGCAACUUCAUCACCGGCUCGGCACAGAUUACCACAAUUUUGUGAUCUCGUUCAACGUUCAAUGUUAACUACUGCUAUACAAAGAAGGUAUACAUAUAGUCAAAAGAUGCGUUAUAUGAAAUUGUGUUUAGAGGUUUAUUGGUUAAUGGUUGCUGCAUUGCUUUAACUUUAAGGACAACGUGAGAAAAAAAUGCCAACUUUGAAUUGCCAAAAGCGCCAACUCUUGAUUCCGCGUACUACUGCAUGAAAUCUUGGAAAACAGUUAACAUCUAAAAGGUUUGGACUUGAAUAUUGUUAUAAUAAUAUUGAACCUAUUUAUGCCCUCUCUGAGUUGUAGAGCUUUCAUCUCUUCCGAGUUCAAUCUUCAAGCAUUUACGAUAAUAUUCGAUCCUACAAAAGUAGUUGAAUCAAACAAACAGUUUCACUUAUAACCACCUCUAAUAGAUAUGGAAUAGAUUCAGGUUAACGAACUUUACCUUACUCACAACCCCAUUGGUCAGAUAAUAAAUGUUACCCAAGUAACCAUGCUAUUAAAGCUGUCCGUAAUGCAUAUAUAAAGCGCAUAUAAUUGCAUACAUUGCCCUACAUUAACCAUUAAAGUUGAUUUAAAGUAGCAAAUGUUGCCACUAUUGCUGACUUACGAUUAUACUGGUAUAAUCGUAAUUCAACAAUAGUGGCGCCACUUCCCACUUUAUUUCAAAUUUAAUGGUUUAUAUAGAGUAAUGCAUGUCAAUAUACUAUGUGCGUUAUUUAUGCAAUACGUACAGCUUCAAUAGCGUGGUUACUUGGGUAGAUAGCAAGGAGUCUAUUAUCGGGAGCUGCAGAUUUGGAUUAGAAAUUGCAACAGAUGCAGAAUUGCAUAUUCUGUACGGAAUUAAAAUUUAAAAAAUCGAGACCGUUAGAUGAACAAUGCACCCACAAGCAACAGUGUUGAUUGAUGGAUUUUGGGUUUAAAAUAGGGAGGGUUCCAUAUAUCCUCAGUUGUAAAGGCUGUAAAGGUGAUGACAGGUUGAAUUCUAGGUCGGUUCACGAACUUUUCGUAAAAGAAAAUUUCCCUGACUUCCAUGGUCCUGGUCAUAGAGGAUCGUCAUAUCUGUCACACGGCGUUAUUGGUUUUCUUACAAUAUUUUUUUCACUGGGACUUUUAU